AUGGCAAAGUUCUUGGCAACCAUAAAGGCAAUAAUUACACGUUUGGUGUUUGCAUCGCAUGGUUUCAUCGCUAUUUGGCAGGUAACGACUUUCAAGAGAAAUUCAUAUUUCUGGUACCUGAGCUGUCCUAUCUUGUUGCUGUUCGUCGAGGGUAUUUUCACGCUUACUAUAAAGGAAAAUCAGGAAUGGAAAUGGUUCUGUCCAUCUGUAUUUUUAUAUCUUAGCAGCGUAGUACCUGCAAUUUGGUUGUUAGAACUGGAUAAAGUAGACAUGAGGCUAAAAUCUCGAGGAACGAAUAUUAAUAUAUCGGAGAAUAUCGAUUUAUCUAAUCUGGCAGCUGAUGAUUUAAAACAUCUGGAAGAAGCUCUUGGCGUUGAUAUUCGUUUACCGGAUAUACAGAUUUCCACAGAAACAUGGGUUACUUUGAUCGAACAAUUUUUAAUGUUAAUUUUGAUAAUUGGCCGAUGGAUGUUGCCGAAAGGUGACUUGACUCGAGAUCAGUUAAGUCAGCUGCUGUUAGUCUACAUUGGUACUGCAGCUGAUAUUAUCGAGUUCUUUGAUUCGUUCAAGGAAGACAGGAUAGCAAGAGAGCCUGUACUUGUGUACUUGACAUUAGGCAUUUGGGCAUGGUCUCUCACGCAGUUCACAGUUGUCCUGACUGCCACCAAGUCUAGGAAGUCUCGAUUGUCAUCUGGUAGCGUUACCAGGAAAAAAGUCCGAACGGAAACCAGUUGCUGCAGCAUUGAUGUAUGGGGAAUCGCCCUGAACAUGAUUCUUCAAGAUGGACCAUUUUUGGCAUUUCGUUUGAUAUUGAUAAUUCAUUAUCAGAUAGUUAGUUACAUGAAUAUAUUCUUCACGUGCAAGAACACAUUAGUGAUACUGCUGCAAUUGUAUCGACUUUAUGUAGUACAAACCGAAAACAAAAACAAACGGAACAAGAAAUACAGCAAAAGGAAUGUAUCAAAUAUCAACAUUAUUUCCCGAGGUGAUAUGUAUAAAGAUGUAAGAAUGAAAGCUUUGAGAGAUAAUAAUAAAUAUAAGAAUCGACGUGAUAAGGAUGUAGAAGCAAAUUAUAGUGAAACUGAAGACUCGAGAGAAGAUAUCGAUAAAUUCGAUUCGUCCCCAACAAAUGUCGAGGGCUCCAAACGAAUGACACAAAUAGCAUUAACAGCGUCUCCCCAAACAGUGCGUGGUUUACACAUUUA